UCCAUGAUUACCUCCUUCAAAGCCUUUUCAGCCAUUUCUCUCUGAUCUUUUCCUCUUUGUGCUUCAUAUGGAAAAACGAAAGGAGAAAAAUGGUCCAACUUAUGUUCCUCAAUUUGGAGCAUGGGAUAACAAGGCUGCAGCAGGGGGCAAUUCUAGUUAUACAAUAGAAUUUUCCAAAGCUCGCGCCAACAAGCAGCAGCAGCAUAAAAAUGGUUUAGGUGCACGCCACGGAUUGGCAAAUGAUCAGCAGCCGCAGCAUAAAAAUGGGUUAGGCGUACGCCACGGGUUGACAAAUGAUCAGGAAUUUCCUGGCAAGAAACAAGAGGACCCUAGCAAUAUGAAAAAUGGAUACAGGUCUGUACCUCAAUUUGGAAUGUGGGAUCAACAAGCUGGAGGUGCUGCAAGUUAUACUGUCGAAUUUUCAAAAGCUCGCGUCAACAGAAAACAACACAAAAAUAAUGAUCUUUUAGCGCGACCACCUAGCAUCGAUCAUGAGCAGGAAGCUCUUAGGAAGCAGCAUGAAGAUUCUUGCAUGAGGAAAAAGAAGAUGUUGGCAUUUUGUUGCAUUGGGCCUUGAUCUCUAAUGUCCUAAGUGCAGCUUCUUUUUGUAAUAAUAGUCUUGAAAUGGCUAUUUGAUUCCCUUCCUAUAGAGAGUUAUCUCAUGUUUCCUUAAAGUAAUAUUAUGUAUGAAAACACACUUCCUUGCUUUAUUGAGCUAGUGAAAUCAUGAAAAAAUCUUAAAUUAUAUAGAACUAAUAAUUGUAUUAUUUCUGAAAUCUUUUACUAA